AUGGCUUUUAAUCAGCAGUUUAAUGUUCCAAAGAUGGAGGACUGGAGCGGGUUUGAAUGGCUCUACUUGCAAGAACAAACUGAUCAUCAAUGCAGUAAGCUGGAUCAACAGCCAACGUUGCUCAGUGAAAGCUUCGACUUGGACCAGUUCAUGAACAGUUUCGAGGAAUUUGAGAAAUCCCAGUUCCAGUUCCUCAACCACAGGAACGACCAGAUUGCCCAUUUGUCAUCAUGUGGCGAUAUCGGCUUCUGGGAUUUCACCUUUCCAUCGUUUAAUGAAGGCACUGCAAUAAUGGAUUCUAAUAAACUGCUGCUAAGCCCUGUGGGGGAGAGUUUUGAUAGUUUGAACAGUUUUGGGAGAAUCAACACUGACUUCUCGGCCGAGCUUAUGGGAAGUUUUACGAGUUCAAGAGCAGAGGAGGAGGCGAAAAGACCGAAUAUUGGAAAACCAAAGUCGGGGGCAUUGGAGUUGCAUGAAAUUCAGAAGUAUUUUGAUGUUCCCAUAACCAAAGCGGCCAAGGAGUUGAAGGUUGGGCUGACUGUGUUGAAGAAGAGAUGCCGGGAACUGAACAUCAUGCGGUGGCCACACCGCAAGAUCAAGAGCUUGAAUUCUCUCAUUCACAAUGUCAAGAAGUUGGGGCUGACGACCGAAGUAGAGAUGUUGGAAGAGCACCGGAGAAUGCUAGAGAAGCUGCCGGAACUGGAGCUGACAGAGAGAACUAAGAAGCUGAGGCAAGCCUGUUUCAAAGCUAAUUACAAGAAGAGAAGGUCUCUGUCUGGACUUUCUAAUGUGUAA